AUGGAUCAAUACCCUUACUAUUCGGGUCAGGGGUCACAGCAGCAUUCUUACUCUCUAUACGGACUCAACAAUCCGAAUCAGUCUGACCAGGGUGAGGAUCUCCAAGGGAAUUUCAAUUCUUUGAAUUACCAACCGUACGACCCCAACUUUCACCCCGCGGCGCAUUCCUUUGGACCCCCGUCGCAGUCUCCGUCCGAGUCUUACUCGAAACAAUCGACCUCGAGCAAUCCCGAGCACAUUAAUCAGCACCAAUACUCGGGUUCUGUCGAAGGGCGGAAUGACUUUGUCCCCGACCCGUUGUCUCUGGUGCGGAGUAGUAGCGAGGAGAAAGAGGGGUUGAUGACGCCAGCGCAAAGCAAGCGCAAGGCCCAGAACAGAGCAGCCCAACGAGCGUUCCGCGAGCGAAAAGAGCGCCAUGUGCGUGAACUCGAAGAAAAAGUCACCAACCUACAACAAGAAUCCACCACCUUGCUAGCUGCCAAUGAGCGCAUGAAGCGCGAACUCGCCCGAUACACCACUGAGAAUGAGAUCCUGCGCGCCACAAGCUCCGCCAGCGGCGGCGCGGACGGCCGCUCCCCUCGGUGUGCUGAACCGCCGACUGAAACUGGGCCCAUGGCCUACUCCCCGACAGAUUUCUAUUCGAGCCUCGUGCCCAAAGGCAAGUCCGCCCGUUUGCACCGCGUCAUGUACUGUUCGCAAACGGGGGAGCGGCUGCUCGAUGCGCAAGCCACGUGGGAUCUCAUCCAGAGCCACGAGCAGUGCCAGCGCGGGCUCCUUGAUAUUGCGGACGUCACGGCGCGAUUGAAGGCGUGGGCGCAGUGUGAUGGACAAGGACCAGCUUUUCGAGAGAGCCAGGUGCGUAAGGCGAUCGAGGAAAGUACGGUCUCGGACCAUGAUGAAUUGAUAUGA